UUACCACGUGCCAAUCUGCUUUCUCAUCAAUCGCAAUAUCCGUGCAUUUUCCUUAUCUACUAAUAUAUGUAUAUGUAUAUAUAUUCCUUCUUCUUACACGCCCACAACUCGAUAAGUCUCCGUCUCGUCUCCGAUGGCCAGAAUCCUCGCGCAAAGCCUACUUCGCCGCUCUCCUUUCAGAUCCGCUCCCUUUAGGGCACUAUCUGUGACCUGUUCUUUGGCCCACCGUUCCUUCUCCAGCGGACAGGCCCAACUGAUCGAGAUCGACCAGGACCCCACCUCUUCCGGCUCAUCCUCUUCCUCGUCUUCCUCUUUUUCGGACGAUGACGGUGAAUUCGGGGCCUUGGCGAUGAAGAAGUUGGACGACUUGAUCCACCGGAUCAUCGUGCAGAAGUCGACCCCGGAUUGGCUGCCCUUUGUUCCGGGUUCCUCCUUCUGGGUCCCCCCGCGGCCUGGGACCUCUAAGGUGCUCGAUUUGGUCGGAAAGCUUGCCGACCAGCUCAACCAGGAGGAGUCUCUCUCCCUCAUCUCCUCGCGUGGCUGGCCUUGCUCUUCUUUCUUCCUCGACGGUAAUGUAGCUGCUGAUUCAAUAGAGGUGGACUUGGAGGACAAGGGUUCAGCAGAGGUGGAAGAGGUCAAGGUGAAGGUUCUGAAAAAUUCAGCAGGAAAAAGGGGAUCCGAGGAUGAGGAAGGAUAACAGCACAUCCCUUGACAGAAUGGUGACUGUGGCUUGCUAACCAUUGUAGAAAGAGCAGAAAGGAGUAGCUGGGCUUGCAUAAGGUUAGCGAGUAAAUGGAAGAAGGUUGUGAAGGUGUAAUUAUGGCAGUUUUGGGGUAGGGGUUUCGCUCUUUUGCUCCUCCGAUUGUCAAACCCAUCUACCUCAUGCAUUGCUACAAAAGUAUUUACUUUUCUGCAGUUUAUGUUUCUGUCAACAACGUAGUCAAUGCAUCUUUUAAAAUUCAUAAGAUGGUUUUUUCUUAUCCUCACAAUUCUUCAUGAUGAUGUGUUUCUUUGAA